AUGACGAUCUACAUAUGCAGUGGCAGAUACCCUCAAGAUUGGGGAAUCACGAAACCAACCUGGAAGACUCCUUCCUGCUGGGAAGUAAAUCAACUAAAACAGAAGUCACCCAAGAGGCUCACUCUGACUACUGAAAAAAAGAGUAGAGAGGAUCCUACAAGGACUAGACCUGCCACCACUGCUCUCAACCCCAGUAAGCACCAAGCGGGGCUGGCAGGCUGCAGCCUGAGGCUCCCUUUAAUUAUUUCCACAGGAUUCUCAGAGUACAGGUUGAUCAUAACAGGAGCUCUGUGGUUUCCUAGAGCCGUGCCCUCACGGAAACCUGCAGAGGUGGCCUUGGUUAAAGGCAAGGUGGUCUCUCCUUGUGGAAGGUGCUCCCUUUCAUCCUCUCUUCUCUCAUGCCCAGAUCACCUGCUGUCCUACCCCCUGGCCACACUCAUCAUGCCUCGGGGACAGAAGAGUAAGCUCCACACCCAUGAGAAACACCACCAGGCCCAAGGUGGGAUCCAGCAUCGGAGGAGUGCUCAGGCCACUGCAGCCAAGGAGAAAGAAUUCCCCUCCUUGGCCCCUCCUCCCUUGAGUGUUCUUCCUCACGGAGAGCCUGCAGCUAGGUCACGUAACACUCUCGAGACGUCUCAGAGAGCCCUAUCCACCAAGUCUGCAGGUGUUUCUCGCACAAGAUCAUACAAAGGAGCCAACUGCAAAAUUGAGAAAAAGCAAAGUUCCUCCCAGGCCCCACUCACCACUGUGCAGUCUCAAGGAGACCCUCUAACCCAAACAACGGGUGUUUUGGUGCAGUUCCUGAUGCACAUGUACAAAAGGAAAAAGCUCAUCACAAAAGCCAAUAUGCUGAAGAUUGUCAAUAAAAAGUACAAAAAUCGCUUCCCUGAGAUCCUCAGAAGAGCCUCUUUCAGCUUGGAAGUGGUUUUUGGUGUUGACUUAAAGGAAGUCGAUUCUACCAAGCAUUCCUAUACCCUGGUCAGCAAGAUGGACCUCCCCAACAAUGGGACUGUAAGCCGUGGCAGAGGAUUCCCCAAGACCGGUCUCCUGAUGAAUAUCCUGGGUGUGAUCUUCAUGAAGGGCAACUGUGCCACUGAAGAGAACAUCUGGGAGUUCCUGAAUAAGAUGAGAGUCUAUGCGGGGAAGAGGCACUUCAUAUUUGGGGAGCCCAAGAAGCUCAUCACCCAAGAUUUGGUGAAGCUUAAGUACCUGGAGUACCGCCAGGUGGCCAACAGUGAUCCCGCACGCUAUGAGUUCCUGUGGGGCCCUCGAGCCCACGCCGAGACCAGCAAGAUGAAAGUGCUAGAGUUUUGGGCCAAGAUUAAUCAUACCGUCCCCAGUGCCUUCCACUCUUGGUAUGAAGAGGCUUUGCGAGAUGAGGAAGAGCAAGUCAAAGCCACGGUUGCACUGCAAGCUGAGGCGGAUGCCACGGCCAGUGAAUAUCCCAGGGAAUGUCCAGCAGUGCCUCCUACACCUAAUGAAGUUGAGGUGGAUUCUUCACAUUGUGGCUGA